UCCUGACGUCAGCGGGAGGCGUGUGAGCGAGCGGGCGAGCGAGUGAGUGAGUGACUGAGUGAGCGAGCGAGUGAGUGAGUGAGGGCCGCGGCCGCCGGCGCGCGCUCACACUCACACUCACACUCACCCCGCGGCCCGGGCUGCCCGAGCCGCCGGCGAGCGCCGGAUCCCGCCGCCGGGAGAGACGGAGCCUGUGGCUGGUGAGGCCGCCGAGCAGGGCCAGGCCGGGCCCUGCCCGCAAGGACGCCCAAGCCCUUCACCGGCCCCGGGGCCCCAGAGCCCGCCAGGCUCUCCUGCUGGCCCCACCAUGACAUCGUCGGAGUCCACGUCGCCCUCAGUGGUGCCCCCGCUCCACUCGCCCAAGUCCCCUGUGUGGCCCACCUUCCCCUUCCACAGGGAGGGCAGCAGAGUGUGGGAGCGGGGCGGGGCCCUGCGAGACCUGCCCAGCCCGCUGCCCACCAAGCGCACCAGGACGUAUUCAGCGACGGCCCGCGCCUCGGCCGGCCCGGUGUUCAAGGGCGUGUGCAAGCAGUUCUCCCGCUCCCAGGGCCACGGCUUCAUCACCCCGGAGAACGGCUCAGAGGACAUCUUCGUGCACGUGUCUGACAUCGAGGGGGAGUACGUGCCUGUGGAAGGUGACGAAGUGACCUACAAGAUGUGCCCCAUCCCACCUAAGAACCAGAAGUUCCAGGCUGUGGAGGUGGUGCUCACCCAGCUGGCCCCCCACACCCCCCACGAGACGUGGUCCGGCCAGGUCGUGGGCUCCUAGGCUGGGAGCUGUGGGGGGAGGGCGGGCAGCCCCCGGUGGCUUUGGUGUGCACGUCUGUCUAUCUGUCUAUCUGUGCUCGUGGCCAUGUGUGUGUGCACCUCCACCCACCCGUGACUGUCCUGGGAGCUGGCAGGAGGGGAGGCCACCAGCCCUGGCCUGGCUGUCCCUGCUCCGUCCCUUCCCACCACACACAUGGGACCCUCUUGUCCUGCCCAUGGCCUGCGUCACCUGAGUCUCUGCCAGCUCCACCCUGGACUGAGCCCCUGCCAUGGCCUGAUCCUUCCCCUUGGAAGCCAGGCUGGUGAGCACUUUGGGGGAGCCCCCAGCCUCACGCAGUGGAAGAGGGCUGAACAUGGGAACACACGGCCCCCCUACCUUCCUGCUCAGGCUCUUGGGGCACUGACCAGGUAGGAAAGGGGGGCCUGGGGAGUGGAAGGGGAAUCUGAGGUUCCCGUCUGGCCUGGCAGAGGCACUGUGACACCCAAGCUCCUCCCCUGGCCCCGAAGCAAGCAGGGGAUGCGUCACCCUAGCCCGGGUGCAGCCAUUUCUUCCCCUCGGACUCACAAACCCUGUGGAUUCUCCACUCCGUGCCCAGCCACCAGCUGGGGAAGACAUGGCGACGGACAACAUGAUGUCCCCUCGGACAAGGCCAGACCCAGGCACUGAAGGAUCCACCAGGCCUGCCUCCAUACCAGCCUCCUCCCAGCCUGGGAGUCCUUGCUGCGGUGUCCAUCCCUGCCACGUCCCUGGUGUGUGGUGGUCCUGCUUAGCUGGAGUUCCCCUGGGCUCCUGAUGUCCCUGUGUGCAGCAGGGUGACCUGGCCUAGGAGGGGCCUCAUCUCACACCCUCCCUCCUGAGAUCCAGUGUGGGGGAAAUGGGGUCACAGGCUCAAGGGAGGGCCUGCCAGGACAGUGACCCUUAUGCGACCCAGGCUGCAAGGAAAAGUGGGGGCACGCAUGCCCAGGACGAGGGGGUCAGUGACUGUCUAGGAGGCCUUGGAACUGCUCCAAGACCCCAGGGUCAAGAUCAGCUGGGGCAUCUGCAUCCCAGCCCAGUGCCACCAGAGGCUGGGCAGUGCCUGGCAGCCCCUGUCCCUGGGAAGGGCCAGCCCACCUGACAUCCCACUGAGCAGGACAAGGACAUCUUGGGCCCCUGCCCCUAGCCUCUCCCCCAUGAGCAGGCUCCCUGUGCAGGCAUCAGGCCAGGGCCACCUGGAUGGCGGGGGCAGCAGCUUCCUCCCCAUCCUAGCUGCCCCAUAGCACCAGAAGUCACCCUGAGACCCCAGCCACGGACUCCCCAUCCUUCCUAACACUGGCAAUAAACUCAACUGUGACCUAA